AUGUCAGCAAGUCAUCCACUUCAACUUUGCGUUCCGCAAGGGUCAAUGUUAGGGCCGCUCGACUUUUUACUGUUUAUCAAUGAUUUGCCCAAAUGUACGCCUUCUGCGCAUGUUACUAUGAUUGCGGAUGACACUACUGUAUCAUUGUCCGCUACUGAUGAGAUUCACUCAAAAGUAGUAGCCGCUAUGGAUCAGUGUUCGGCGUGGUGUCAACGCAACAGAUGUCUGAUGAACGACACUAUUGUUAAUUUUUACCAUCUGUACGCCGAUCCCACAAGACAACAUACUGCUCAGUACCUAAGAGUCAUCGCAGUAAGCUAUCCUCUGUCAAGCAUGCUGAUCUCAAUGCCUAAUCAAAGAAAAAGGUCGUCGAAACGUUCGCUGUGCCCUCAAUAUGUUUUAGAGGAAGCUAGAAGACGAAUAGAAAAUGGUGAAAGCAAAAGAAAAGUAGCAUCGUCGUACGGGAUGAAAGAAAGUACUUUGCGGUAUCGCCUGAAGAGAAAAGAAGCUGCAACAAAGCUUGGUAGAUAUGAUGCAACUCUUUCUCCCGAAAUUGAACAGGAAUUUUGUAAUUAUUUGGAAGAUCUUGACAAUAUGUUUCAAGGGAUGACUCCUAAGAAUUUGAGGAUUGCUGCUUACGAGUUUGUGGUGAAAAAUAAUAUUCCUCAUCGUUUCAAUGCCGAAAAGAAAAUGGCAGGCAAACACUGGCUUCGUGGAUUUCUCAGUCGGCACCCAGAUCUUUCACUAAGACGUCCAACUUCCACAAGUAUUGCUAGGGCGAUGGGAUUUAAUAAGCCACAAUGUGAAAGGUUCUACAAAAAUCUAGCAGAAUUGAUGGACAAGUAUAAGUUUCCUCCAACUUCCAUUUAUAAUAUGGAUGAAACUGGUCUGUCUACCGUACCCAACAAUCCUCCAAGGGUCAUAUCAAAAAAAGGAAAGCGCGCUGUUAAUAAGAUUUCUAGCGCUGAAAGAGGAACGAACGUAACCGUAGUGAAUGCUAUGAGUGCUUCUGGACACUUCAUUGCUCCCGCUUUCAUAUUCGGUCGCAAAAGGAUGAAAGCAGAAUUGCUGGAUGGCGCACCACCAGCGUCUAUUGGAAUGGUCUCAGACACAAGUUAUAUUAAUAGUGAACUUUUUUUAAACUGGCUAGGUCACUUUAAAGAUCACACAAGACCAACUAAAGAACACCCUAUCCUUCUGGUUCUUGACAAUCAUGUGUCGCAUUGUACAAUAGGGGCUGUAGACUUUUAUCGAGCGAAUAACAUAAUAGCUCUAACCAUACCUCCACACAGCAGCCACAAGAUGCAACCACUAGACAAAGGUUUUCAUAGUGCGUUGAAGACUUAUUUUGCGAGCGAAUGUGAAAAAUGGAUGAGAAACCACCCUGGCAGAGCUAUAACUGCUUUUCAGAUGACGUCUUUAUUCACUCCAGCGUUUAAUAAAGCAGCUACAGUUGGUUGUGCUGCUGAAUGUUUCAAGGUGUCCGGAAUCUACCCAUACAAUCCAGAUAUCUUCACAGAUGCAGAUUUUCUUCCUAGUGCUGUGACCGAAAGAGAAAUGGAUGAUAACCAAUGUUCAGAAUCACAACAGGAGAAUCCUCAAGAAGCAACACCCCAUGAACAGAGAGAACCAGUUAUGGAUAAUGAGCCUCGUGCUUCUGUUUUCAACGAGGAGCCAAAAAAACCAUCAAGUCCGAGGAACGCUUUUACAGCAAUUGAGAAUGUUUCUCUAGUAAUAGAAGCUCCAGCCGAACCAGUUGUGAGUUCUGAGUCAGCGCAAAAGAAAAACUUCGACGGUCCUCCAGCUGAAAAAAAUGGUGGUAUCUUCCAAGUUCCUGCACAGGUACCAUCUUGCAGCAAUGAAUCGGCCGCAAUCAAAGUGAAACUCCAAGAUAUUUGCCCUAUACCAAAAUCAGGUAUAAGAAAGACCGCAAACAAGCGAAAACAUAAGAAAUCUGAAAUACUUAGUGGUUCUUCAUAUAAAGAACAGCUAUUAGUAGAGAAUCAGUUGAAGAAAACUCCUGAGAAAAAAAUGAAAAAAGUUUGCAGAAAGCCUUCUAAAUAUCCUAAAAAAAAGAAAUGGGCAUGCGGUGGCUGCAAUGAGGAGUAUAAAGAGCCGAUUACAGAGGAUUGGAUCGGUUGUUCUGUUUGUUCUAAAUGGUGGCAUGAGAAAUGUACGGCCUACGUAGGCAUUGGAAUGUUUAAGUGCGAUUUAUGCGCUUAA